GAGGGCGGGCCCACGAGGCUCGAGAGCUUUGGAGCCUUUGAAAACUGGCUCAGUGCGCGGGCGGGAGUGAAAGCUCGGCAAAUCUUCGGCGUCCCAGGGACCGGGAGCAACUGGUUGUAAGGCCUGGAUUCCAGCUCCGCUGUCGUACUUUACAGGCUCUGUUUUCCCUCGCUCUCCAGGACGGGGCGGAACCCUCGAGCCCCGCGACGCUUCUCUCCUGCUGUGCUGUGUUGCUUUGGGCAAAUACACAUCUGUAACAUGGGAUUCACUUCUACCUCAGAGGACUGUAAGAGUUAAGUGAGAAGAUGAACGUGCAAGAGCCAAGCACAGGACAGAAUGGGUGUCAGUGCAAGAUAUUCAAAGAACACUGUGAGAAGAACACAUUCCACGAAAGAUGAAGAUGGCCAUCAGCACAUGCCUACUGAUAUAUUUGAUUUUCCUGACAAUUCUGAUAUCUCCAGCCUGGGCAGGAUGAGUGAAAACGAGAAUGAUGAAGAACCUUAUGAAACCUUUGAGCCUCCUUUACACAGCACUGCUAUAUAUACUGAUGAAGCUGAACUCUCCAAACACUGUAUAUUUAUCCCUUCAACUCCUCAAGGAAAAGAAGUGAGAAGAAGUUCGAACACUUCUGAAAUUGAAGAAAGUGAAAACGAGUCUGUAAAAAUUAGUGCAAAAAAGGUAAGAAGAAAACUCAAGCCCAUUAGUGAUGACUCUGACAGCACUAAAGAAAGUAAUAUAAUAAUAAAAGGUAAGCCAGCAGAGAAAAUAAGUAGACAACAACAUGAAGCUGUUCCAGCUACAGCAUCUUCAGAACGUUCAGAGACAUCAGCUGAAUUGAGCACUCCUAAAAAGAUGGGACCUCUUAGUGCCAAGUUAUCUGUUGAAAAAGAGACACUGGCAACAGAAAGUCAGCUGAACACUCAGAAAAAGAAGAUGUUUCGUGGAAAAAGGAAGAAAUCAAAAAGUGAAGCUAUAGACUCAGGUAUUUCCGACUGUGUACGUAUUUGGUGUCUAAAAGGAAAGAAAAGCAGCGACAUCAUGGAGUUAGAUGUUGUUUUGUCUGCAUUUGAGAAAACUCUCCCAGAAUAUAAACAAAAUAUAGAAUCUAAAAUUUGCAAGGAAGCCAUCAACAAAUUUCAUUCUACUAUGAAAGAAGAACUCAUCAAAAUGCUUAAAGAAAUCCAAAUUUUGAAAACUCUGAAAAGGAAGAAUGCUAAGAUUAUUUCAGAUAUUGAAAAGAAAAGGCAACGUUUGAUUGAAGUCCAGGAUGAACUGCUUCGGUUAGAACCACAGCUGAAGCAACUACAAGUAAAAUAUGAUGAACUUAAGGAGAGAAAAUCUUCUUUUAAGAACGCAGCGUAUUUCUUAUCUAAUUUAAAACAGCUUCAUCAAGAUUAUUCAGAUAUUUGUGAGAGAGAACGAAAUGUAAAGGAAACGUAUGAUUCAUCCAGCCUUCCAGCUCUCUUAUUCAGGGUAAGAACCCUUUUGGGAGCUGAAAAACAUCUGCAAAAUGUCAACCAUCAAUUAGAAAAGCUCCUUGACCAGAAAUGACACCAGUCUACUAAAAAGAUUACUCUCAUGCUACUACUGCCUGUUGCCUUCUGAAACUCUACUUUUUAUUGUUAAAGCAACAUUCUCAUUUUAAAAAGUAAACGUCUAAUUGUUCAGGCUGGUUGUA